CCACUAUCACCACACACAGAGGGCUUCCUGACCACAUGUUCGUUCGACUUCCUGACUGAGGAUGAGAACACCCUCACCUUCGUGGCCGGCGUAUUCUUCUUCUCCUACGUCUUGCCUGGGUUCUUCAUCGUGUACUUCUACAGCCAGAUCUUUGGGCACGUCAGCGCUUACGAGAAGUCCAUGAAAUCACAGGCCAAGAAGAUGAACGUGGAUAGCCUAAGAAGUGUCGGGAAUAAGGAGGAGCAGGAGAAGUCAGCAGAGAUCCGCAUUGCUAAGGUCUGCAUGGGUCUCUUCUUCAUGGACGCCUUAUGCUGUCGUCGCACUCAUUGGAGCCUUUGGUGACAGGUGAGAGAGAGAGAGAGAGCAUAAAAAUAUAUGCUAAUGAUUGAGGAUAACAUGGACGAAUAUUAUACGAAAAUAAUGAACAAUAAAGAUACAAAUGAUAAGAACAACAAAAGAGUUAAAAGAGAGACAAUGGUCG